UAUUUUUUUUAUUGUUCUCUAUCUUUACUGAUUGAUUUUUGAGACUGGGUUUUCUGUGUAGCCUUAGCCACAAUGGAACUAGCCUGGUCUCAGGGUAACCUCAAACUGCAAGUCCCUCCUUAUCUCAAUCAUAAAAGCCAAGGGUCCCCCUCCCCACCAAUAAAUACAUCUUAAAAGAUGAAAAUCAUGUGAUAUAAAAAUUAGGAAAAUGAUAAACAGUGAACACAUUCUCUACCCCUGUCACCCAUUAGUUGAAGUGAUAAUUUCAAUUAUGUCCUCUAUCCUAUUAGCUUUUGUAUUUUAUGAUUUUAAAUCAGGCUUUUAGGAUUUAUAUAACCAGGAUUGGGGUGAUGGCCUAGAUGAGAAAAUGCUUGCUGUAGAAGCAUGCAAGCAUGAGGACCUGAGUUUAAGCACCCACAUAAGAAGCUGUGUGUAUCUGUCAUCCUAGCAAUGGAAAGAGACACAGCAGAAUCUUUGGAACUUGCUAUCCAGUCAAUCUAAUCAAAUUGGUGAACUCUAUUAAGUGAGAGAUUUAAAACUUGAGGUGAAAAGUAUUGAUGACUCAGUGGUUAAGAUUGUUUCCUAUAUUUCAGAGGACUUGUUGAACAGCUUACAACUGCCUGUCACUCCAGCUCCAGGACAUCUGAUGCCUUCUUUUGGCCCCGUGGAUAAAUGCACACGUGUGGCAUACGUUCAGUACACCAUAAAUAAAAAUAAAAAUAAAUGUUAAUUUAAAAAAAUCAGGUAAAGCAAAAUCUGGCCUGGCAUCAGAUCAAGUCUCAGUAGUACCAACCUUCGUUUGGAAGCCCUAGCACCUGCUAACCUUUUUAAACUGCGUGGUUGUGAAAAACUAGUAAGAGAUUUCUGAAUGUCCAAGGACCAAAAAGUCAGUUCCAGGUUCUUUGGCAUGGACACGAGUUCAGUGGGGACGUUAGAGCUGACUGAUCAAACUCCCGUCUUACUAGGAAGCACAGCCAUGGCAACCAGUCUCACGGACGUAGGCAACUCAUUCAGUGGCCCACCUAAUCCUUUAGUGUCUAGAGCUAGUAAGUUUCAGAACUCAUCAGUAGACGAUGAUGAUGACGUUGUUUUUAUUGAACCUGUACAACCUCCUCCAUCUUCUGCACCUUUGGUUGCUGAUCAAAGACCCAUAACAUUUACAUCUUCAAAAAAUGAAGAACUACAAGGAAACGAUCCCAAAAUUCUUCCUUCAUCGAAAGAGUUGGCCCCACAAAAGGGCAGUGUAAGCGAGACAAUUGUUAUUGACGAUGAAGAGGACAUGGAAACAAAUCAAGGACAAGAGAAGAGUUCCUCAAAUUUUAUUGAAAGGAGACCUUCUGAAACUAAAAACAGAACUAAUGAUGUGGAUUUCUCCAGUUCCACUUUUUCAAGAAGUAAAGUAAAUGCAGGAAUGAGUAACAGUGGUAUUACCACAGAACCAGAUUCGGAAAUCCAGAUUGCUAACGUUACAACCUUAGAAACAGGCGUAAGCUCUGUGAGUGAUGGCCAGCUAGAAAGUACUGAUGGGAGAGACAUGAACUUAAUGAUUACUCAUGUAACAUCACUGCAUAACACCAACCUGGGAGAUGGCUCUAACGGACUUCAGUCCAGUAACUUUGGUGUGAAUAUACAAACGUAUACCCCAUCUCUAACUUCACAGACCAAGGCUGGAGUAGGACCUUUUAAUCCUGGUAGGAUGAAUGUUGCAGGAGAUGUAUUUCAGAAUGGGGAGUCUGCACCUCAUCACAAUCCUGAUUCUUGGAUCUCCCAGUCAGCAUCAUUCCCUCGUAACCAGAAACAACAAGGGGUGGAUUCUCUAUCACCAGUGGCCUCACUUCCUAAGCAGAUAUUCCAGCCCUCGAACCAACAACCCACUAAACCAGUUAAAGUCACUUGUGCAAACUGCAAAAAACCUCUACAGAAGGGGCAGACAGCUUACCAACGAAAAGGAUCAGCUCACCUCUUUUGUUCAACCACCUGCCUUUCUUCUUUCUCCCAUAAACCUGCUCCAAAGAAACUCUGUGUUAUGUGUAAAAAAGAUAUAACUACAAUGAAGGGAACCAUUGUUGCUCAAGUGGACUCAAGUGAGUCCUUCCAAGAAUUUUGUAGUACAUCUUGUUUGUCUCUCUAUGAGGACAAACAGAGUCCUGCUAAAGGAGCUCUAAAUAAAUCAAGAUGCACAAUCUGUGGCAAAUUGACUGAGAUUCGCCAUGAAGUUAGUUUUAAAAACAUGACUCAUAAGCUGUGCAGUGACCACUGCUUUAACAGAUACCGAAUGGCCAAUGGUCUGAUAAUGAAUUGCUGCGAGCAGUGUGGAGAGUAUUUGCCCAGUAAAGGUGCUGGGAAUAACGUUCUGGUGGUUGAUGGCCAGCAGAAGAGGUUUUGCUGUCAGAGUUGUGUCGCUGAAUACAAACAGGUAGGUAGCCAUCCAAGUUUCCUGAAGGAGGUUCGAGAUCACAUGCAGGACUCUUUCUUAAUGCAGCCUGAGAAAUAUGGAAAACUGACAACUUGUACUGGCUGCCGAACACAGUGCAGGUUUUUUGAUAUGACUCAGUGCAUAGGUCCUAAUGGAUAUAUGGAGCCGUAUUGUUCAACUGCUUGCAUGAACAGUCACAAGACAAAAUAUGCAAAAUCACAAAGUUUGGGAAUUAUUUGCCAUUUUUGUAAGCGAAACUCUUUACCUCAAUACCAAGCCACAAUGCCUGAUGGAAAACUGUAUAACUUUUGCAAUUCCAGUUGUGUGGCUAAAUUUCAGGCUCUAAGCAUACAGUCAUCUCCAAACGGCCAGUUUGUAGCACCCAGUGACAUUCAGCUGAAAUGCAACUACUGUAAAAAUGCCUUUUGUUCAAAACCGGAAAUCUUGGAAUGGGAGAACAAAGUGCAUCAGUUCUGCAGCAAAGCUUGCUCAGAUGACUAUAAGAAGUUGCAUUGCAUAGUUACAUAUUGCGAAUACUGCCAAGAGGAGAAGACUCUGCAUGAAACAGUCAAUUUCUCUGGCGUUAAGAGACCUUUCUGUAGUGAAGGCUGCAAGCUAUUAUACAAACAAGAUUUUGCAAGACGAUUAGGAUUAAGAUGUGUUACCUGCAACUAUUGUUCUCAGCUGUGUAAGAAGGGAGCCACUAAAGAACUUGAUGGAGUUGUCAGAGACUUCUGCAGUGAAGACUGCUGUAAGAAAUUCCAGGAGUGGUACUACAAGGCUGCGAGGUGUGACUGCUGUAAAUCCCAAGGCACUCUGAAAGAGCGAGUGCAGUGGCGUGGCGAAAUGAAACAUUUCUGUGAUCAACACUGCUUACUACGUUUCUAUUGUCAGCAAAAUGAGCCCAACAUGACAACUCAGAAAGGACCUGAAAACCUACAUUAUGAUCAGGGCUGUCAGACGUCCCGAACCAAAAUGACAGGCUCAGCACCACCCCCUUCUCCUACACCAAACAAAGAGAUGAAGAAUAAAGCAAUUCUUUGCAAACCUUUAACAAUGACAAAAGCAACUUACUGUAAGCCUCACAUGCAGACCAAAUCUUGUCAGACAGAUGAGAAUUGGAAGACGGAGUAUGUCCCAGUGCCUAUUCCUGUCCCUGUGUAUGUCCCUGUGCCUAUGCACAUGUACAGCCAGAAUAUUCCUGUUCCUACCACAGUUCCUGUUCCUGUGCCUGUUCCUGUGUUUCUGCCUGCUCCAUUGGACAGCAGUGAGAAGAUUCCUGCCACAGUUGAGGACCUCAAAAGCAAAGUUUCUUCAGAUCCUCUUGAUUCAGAAUUGCUUACAAUGACAGAUAUGAUGACUGAAGAGGAGGGGAAAACAGAGGCAUCCAACAUCAAUAGUGUAAUUAUUGAGACAGACAUAAUUGGCUCAGAUCUUACAAAGAACUCUGACCCAGAUAUACAAUCCAACAUGCCCGAUGUACCCUAUGAACCAGAUUUGGAUAUUGAAAUAGAUUUCCCCAGAGCUGCGGAGGAGCUUGAUAUGGAAAAUGAGUUUUUAUUACCACCUGUUUUUGGAGAAGAAUACGAGGAGCAGCCCAGACCUCGAUCUAAAAAAAAGGGAACCAAGAGAAAGGCUGUCUCAGGAUACCAGUCUCAUGAUGAUAGUUCUGACAAUUCAGAAUGCAGCUUUCCUUUCAAGUAUACAUACGGUGUAAAUGCGUGGAAACAUUGGGUCAAAACUAGGCAACUUGAUGAAGAUCUUCUGGUAUUAGAUGAGCUAAAAUCCUCUAAAUCAGUAAAGUUAAAAGAAGAUCUACUCUCUCAUACCACAGCUGAGCUUAACUAUGGGUUAGCCCAUUUUGUCAAUGAGAUCAGACGACCAAAUGGAGAGAAUUAUGCACCUGACAGCAUCUAUUAUCUAUGCCUUGGUAUACAGGAGUACUUAUGUGGUAGUAAUCGAAAGGACAACAUAUUUAUUGAUCCAGGAUACCAGAUGUUUGAGCAAGAACUGAAUAAAAUACUCCGAAGUUGGCAACCAAGCAUACUUCCAGAUGGGUCAAUAUUCUCUCGAGUUGAAGAAGACUAUCUCUGGAGGAUAAAACAACUAGGAUCCCACUCUCCAGUAGCACUUUUGAAUACCCUAUUCUACUUUAACACUAAAUAUUUUGGCCUGAAAACAGUGGAACAACACUUAAGACUUUCCUUUGGCACUGUGUUUAGGCACUGGAAAAAAAAUCCUUUAACAAUGGAAAAUAAAGCAUGUCUCCGCUAUCAGGUGUCUUCCUUAUGUGGAACGGACAGUGAAGAUAAAAUUGCUACUGGAAAACGAAAACAUGAAGAUGAUGAGCCAGUAUUUGAACAAGUUGAAAACACAGCCAACCCUUCUAGAUGUCCUGUGAAAAUGUUUGAAUGCUACUUGUCUAAAAGUCCACAGAACCUUAAUCAGAGAAUGGAUGUUUUUUAUUUACAACCAGAAUGUUCUAGUUCUACAGAUAGCCCUGUCUGGUACACAUCUACUUCCCUGGACCGGAACACCUUGGAAAAUAUGCUUGUACGGGUUCUUCUAGUAAAAGAUAUUUAUGAUAAAGACAAUUAUGAACUGGAUGAAGACACAGACUAAAAAGGACCAUUUCAGAAGCAAUGGGAUAACACAGCAUUAGAUAGUCAUGCUGCUAGAUCUUUACAGGAAAACAUUUCAAGUUUACUCCUUCUGUUCUGAGUUUUGUAGCAAUGUACCCACACUGGGUAUUACCAUGUAAAUAAUCUGUGUGUGAAAGUUGCCAUUAUUCUAUGUAGUGGUUUUAGGAUACUUAACAAAUACAUCAAAUUCUUUUUUAUUAUUAUUUAUUUGAUUAGGUAUGUUUGUAACUUUUUACAUUACAAAUAAGAAGAGAAUGUGCCAUGUAUAAGUUUUUCUUGUUGCACUGCUCUGCUGUUGCAAAGCUCCCUGCAGAGGGCGUGCUCUACUGCGUUCCUGACCAGAUGGUUGUGUAUGGGUAGCACUACUCAAGUUUAGAACUUGCGGUGUCUUUCAGAAUUUUUAAAAUAAACUGUAAACUAAUAGGCUGGGUUUUUUUGUUUUUUUGUUUUUUUUUUUUUUGGUUUNUUUGUUUGGGCUUUUUGUUUGUUUGUUUUAUGUUUUAGUUACUGAAGCCUUACCAGGUUAUGUAGAGAGAUACCAUCUUCUGUACCAAAAAUAGACAAGAGAAUGCUGUUGAUACUGGUGUUCUGUAAUGUGAACUUAUGCUGGUGAAAACAACUUUAUGUUCCCCUUAUUAAAACUUAGUGUCCUUUUCUCACUUGUGACUUACUGCAUCACCCCAUCAAUUUAAGGAAAAAAGUAUGUAUAUAUGUGUAAGUAGAGAGAGAGUGAGAGUGACUAUAACUUGAAAACAAGAUUAAGACAUUUUUCUUUGUAAAAUGUCCGGUGACAGUGUAAGACUCUUGUUUUUCUUUCCCACGGCAGCCAUCAGCAUCUGAGACCCUCACCUGUCCAGGUGCAUUACAGCCUGCAUAGCACUCUUGAGUGUCACUGCUCUCACUGGAGGUCUUGUGCUGCUUCCAGAAGUGACAUGCAUAUGUGGGGCAGAAUUAUUUUUAGAAAUGCCACUCUUGAAAUAUUCAUUUUAGAAAGUCAGGCUACUUGAAGGGAGACAGUGUCACAUUGUUCUAUGGCUAUUACCAAUGGAGAAUGCUGACUAGUCUAGGAGACUGAAGAAACAGAAGCUGGUGGAUGGUGCCAGUGCCAGUGUCAGAGGAAAUCGGGCUUGCUACGAGGUUGUUUGGCUUUGAAAUUUAAUUACUUCUUAUAGAAGAUUACAUUUAAAAUACUUUUGUGCUUCUGCAUAGCAGUUUAUCUGUUCAUAACUUUUAGAUUAAGGAAAUCUACUUCAAAUUAUACAUUCUAAAGACUGACUAAAGUGGUAUCCGAAAAUUAUCAGUUAUUUCGCUGACCUUGUAUAUAGCAUGUGUGAUGUUUCCUUCUUAUUUCUGAAUCCUGAAACCACCAUGGUGAUACUAGUUUUCAAAAUAGUUUUGAGGGAAAUUGGCCUGUUUUCCAUAGUGACUAGACAGUAUAUAGCCCUUAUCAGUUUCUCUCUCCUUUAGCGUAAAUUUUAGCAAGUAAAGAAAUUUUCUCAAUCAUGAUUUUGAAAGUUUCACAGGUAUAGUGACUGCUCGUUUAAGCAAUAACUAUCUGAAAUGUUUUUGGCAUGAAAAUUUAUAGUGUUCUAAAUUUUUAUAAGUUUGAAUAACUUCAGUCCCUUGGUUUUCUGUUUGAAUCAUCAGACUGACAGUAGCCACUCCUUACUUUACUCAGACAGACCUGCCCCUUGCCUGUUAAGUGAAGCUGGAAACACUUAACAACAGAAUGCAGAUGUUUCUUGGCUUUUCAGCACGCCUUCUGAAGCACUUUUACUAGAAAUGCAUAUUGUGAUUAAAGACUGGUUAAUCCUAACCAUCUUCUAUUCUUCAGAGUGGUGCUAUAGCCCAUCAAAAAAAGCAAUAAAUUUACCCACAAAUGUCACAUGUAUAUUUUACCAAUACCAUAAAUUUCUGCCGUGGUACUACUAAGCACCGUGUCUAGCUAUUUAGUUUUUAUUGUUUGUACAUUUUAGCUUUUCUAAGCAGAAAUGCCUACAGAAGUUUGAUCGUACAUGAUAGAAGAUCUAGAGCCUGCCUUUGUCUCAUGCAAUCCAAUGAUUGAUCUACUUGAUUCUCAGGGGGAAAGAAAAACAAACUAUUUUAUGAGAAUUGUUCUGGGAAAUUUAUUUCACCUGGAACACGUUUCCUUGAUUCUUGGCUGUCUUUAGUGUGUGGCCAUAACAAACUGCUGAGAGAAAGGACAUUGAAAUGAUAGUUUAUUUUUAUUUCUUGGUGACUUCUGAUUAUAGACAGCAUCCUGUAAAUAUAACUUUAUUGUCUUGAGAUGUCUAUUGAAGAUACUAUAUUUUUCUGUUCUGAACGAUUUUGCCACUUAAAAUCGUUCAAUGAAAAAGAUGACUAGCUAUUCUGAGGCAGGUGGAUUUCCCAUGCAAACUGAAUCCUUAACGCAUUUCAAAAGGCUUUUACUGUAUUAGGUAACAAGAGAUAUUAAAGGAUUUUUCUAGGCAAGACGCUCAGUCUUUUUUUUUUCCCCAUAAAAGUACUUUUUACUCAAAUUGUAACUCAUGUUUUUCUUUCAUGAAAUGGAGUGGUUAUUGGAGUGUUCAUACUGAAAUAGGAGAAGGGUGCAUAUUGUCCUAUGCUUUCUAAUUUACUUUUUCUGGCUUCCCUUUGUCUUGGCCAGUUGUGAUUUGCAAACUGGGGUAACUCAUUAUAUGGAGCAAAGAGGACAGUACCGGUGGAGAGGACAGAAAAUAGCAAGUUUGAGUUUGCAGUUCUCUACCAUAGGUAGCACUUAGUCUGUGAUCCUAAAUGUCUUAAAUAUCCUAAAUACAGUUGCAAAUUACUAAACAUUAAUAUUUUAUCUGGUCAGCUAUUUUCAAGGGGUAUCAUUACACGGCUCUGCUUUUGUUCUCAGCUACCAUUAAUUGUAAGUUUCUUUAGUUUCUCUCAAAAAAGGAAAAGUCAGGACUUUCGUGUCUGGGUGAAAGCAUUUUAAAGAAUAAAUUUCACUAACUUAAUUGCAGAAUUAUCAAUUUUACCCCUGACAAGCCAUUAUGUAUGUUUGGACUGAAGUUUGCUCAAGUUUACUAAUCCUUUUCUGCUGUGUCCUUGGGGUCACACCAGUUUCAGAGUAUCACCAGUUAACAGGUCAAUGUCUUGUGAAGGGGCUGGGAGUGGAGACAGCUACUCUGAAUCUUCAUUUGGAAGAUGGAAGAUCAUAAACCCCUGUGCUUACCGCAUGCUGAAAUGAAUCGGAUAGGAAAAUGUCCUAUAAUAAAAGGCAGGGGACAUCCUCAUUGCUGAAUCACAAGCUGAUGAAUUUAGACCAAAAUACAAGUUUAAGAUUUAACUUGUAGACAGUAGCGACUAACUGAACAUUCCUAGUUUGAAAAUCUGAGAUCUGCGAUGGUCUUAAAAAUCCGAAACUGUUGAAGGGCCAUCAUGACAACACACUCACACUUUGUGUUACAGACUCCAGAUUGAUCAUGUGUUGCCAAACAUCUCAGCUUGUGUGGGACUGGAGAGCCACAGGCCAUGGCAUCACAGCUGAACUCCAAACUGACCAGGUUCUCUCUCUCUUGCAGCACAGUGGCAAUAAGAAUGGCAGGGCUUGAGGUUUCUAAAGCCCAGUACUGCUUGCGUUUCUGAUUCUUGAGUAGCAAAUUGAGCUUGGUUACAAUGCACCUCACAGAUUGACAGUCAAUCCUUGUGAUUCACUUAGUAUGUUUUCUUGGAGAUGGGGAAGGUCUAAAACAGCUCUAGUACAGAAACCAUAUCAGUUUUUAAAGUCCGACUCAAAACUGCACAGUAAUAUUAACACACAGCUGUUUACUACACACUUCCUUUUUUCUCUUGAUUUAUCAAGACAGGGUUUCUUCGUGUGACCCUGGCUGUCUUGGAACUUGCACUAUAGACCAGGCUGCUGGCCUGCCUCUGCCUCCUGAGUGGUAGGAUCAAAGCUGUGCGCCACUAGGCCCAGCAUUUUACACGGUUUUUUGUAUGUGUGUGUACUAUAGAAUUGCUGCUCUCCAGGGUACGUAGAAAAGAAGUGUGUCAAAGUACUUCCAAACAAGAUACACCUACAUAAUGGAUGCACUCUCCAUCUUACGAUAGAAGUGCUCCGAAAGGCUGCUGCUGCGCUCUACAUUUGUUUAAGAGACCAUCACUGCCUGUGAAUGUGGUGUAGAUUGUCCUGUGACUGCAGGUGCUCCAGUAGAAAUGGUCAGAUUAGUUCUGGACAGUGAUGGUAUCAGCCCUGGUCUAUAGCUUUCAGCCCAACCCAGUGUAUGAGUAUGAAGUAGCUCCCAACCACAGACCUGUAAUAUUUACCAUGCGUUAGCCAUGUCUAUAAGGACUUGGCUACAGUGAAUCAAAAGCAAUCCAGUUUCUAAGUUCUGUACAGUAAGUGGAACACACAAUGUGCAACAUGUUGCAGGUUAUUCUACACUGGUAGAGGGAUUUCCACAGCAAUUGCUUUUGGAAUAAACUCAGCUCACUAAGUCAUAGUGGGUUCUUAGCUCUAUAUAAUAUAAAACAUUCAGACACUGAUCACAUAUUAAUAUUUGUUUUUGUUGUUGCUCGUUUGAGGUAGUGUCUCAUCUAUCAGAACUACUUCAAACAAGGUUUGCCUCUCUCAAAUGCACAAUUUUGUAGUUUUAAGUUGCUGUCAGAAGAUGGCAGUAAAGCACAGCAUGGUAUCGA